AUGGGUUCAGCAAGAGAUAAGCAUCAUGCAGUGGUUAUUCCCUACCCAGCACAGGGUCAUAUAAACCCUAUUUUGAAGCUCGCCAAGAUCCCCCACCACCGAGGCUUUCACAUAACGUUCGUGCACACCGACUACAACUACAAGCGCUUGCUCAAGUCCAGAGGCCUGACCUCUCUCGAUGGCUUGCCUAGGUUUCACUUUGAAACCAUCGCCGAUGGCCUGCCAACGAGUGAUUCUGAUGAAGAUGUCACUCAGCACAUCCCUUCUCUUUGUGAUUCCACUUCCAAGAAUUGCUUGGCUCCUUUCAUGGACCUCCUCGGGAGGCUCAAUGAUAAGUCUGUCGAUGAUACUGAGGUUCCUAAGGUGAGUUGUGUUUUGUCGAACGGCGGCAUGUCGUUUGCACUUGAUGUUGCGGAGAAGCUUGGAGUGCCUGGUGUGCUGUUUUGGACUCCCAGUGCUUGUGGAUCCUUUGGUUAUACUUAGUACCAUAUGCUCCGCAAAAAAGGGCUAUUCCCCCUUAAAGAUGCAAGUUAUCUAACAAAUGGAUUCCUAGACACCACCAUAGACUGGAUUCCUAGUAUGAAAAACAUUCGUCUGCGAGAUCUUCCCAGCUUCAUCAGGACAACCGAUGGUAAUGAUAUCAUGAUCAACUACAUCAUAUGACGGUUGGAAAGAACACACAAAGCCUCAGCAGUCAUCCUCAACACGUUCGACUGCUUAGAAAAGGAUGUUCUAAUGGCUUUCUCUUCCAUAUUUCCAAAUCUUUACACAAUGGGUCCGAUUCACUUACUUCUCAAUAAAAUCGAAGACAACAACUCAUGUCGCAUAGGCUCAAAUUUGUGGAAAGAAGAUCCUGCUUGUUUGGGGUGGCUGGAUUCAAAAGAACCCAAUUCAGUGUUGUUCAUAAAUUUUGGGAGCAUUGCCGUGGUAACGUCAGAGCAACUCAUCGAGGUUUCAUGGGGACUGGCUAACAGCCAAAAACCCUUUUUGUGGAUAAUAAGGCCCGACCUCGUCGCUGGUGACACGGUGGUUUUGCCCUCAGAGUUCCUAGCGGAAACGAAGGACAGAGGAAUGUUGGUGUGUUGGCCGUUCUUUGCAGAGCAGCAGACUAACUGCCGGUAUAGCUACACGGAGUGGGGGAUCGGGAUGGAGAUCGACAAUGACGUGAAGAGGGACGAAGUGGAAGGAUUGGUGAGGGAGUUGAUGGAAGGAGAGAAGGGGAAGGAGAUGAGGAAGAAGGCCAUGGAGUGGAAGGUGAAGGCCAAGGAAGCAAUUAUGCUCGCAGCAACACCCUGA